CUUGAAACAUAUACGUGUGCAUGUAGAAUUCUUAUAAACGAAGAAAAGCGUUGGCUCAUUGCCGUCUGGAAUUCGCGUUACGCGUUAUCUCGGGAUAGAUUAAAUUUCGAGAUAGAAUUGUCGAUGAUAAAGAAAGCAAAUCGUCGUAUAUAUGUGUAUAUACAUAUAUAUAUUUAAUUGUGUGUUAUAUACGUUGAACGUGGUUUCUGAACCGUGUGACUGGAAUCAAAUUAUUUCCAAAAUUACCGUUCGAUGAAACUGAUAGGACGCAUGCGCGUGUUAUGUCACCAGUGUCCAGUUCAGUGUGAUCGUUAACUCUUGGAUAUUCGAUGUUAAAAGUGUUACUCGCGCGAACAACCGUAGGAAACAGUGAUCAGCAGGACAGAUAAUAGCGGUCAUUGAAUAUGCAACGUUCCUCGUGUCAUGUGCAAUACGACCGCGACGCGUUAGUUAUUUUAAGAUAUUUCCUACCGUCUAACGGAGGCAGUCUCGAUCAGAUUUAAAUACGAAUAAAUCUCCCAUUAAAAAUCUCUCGCCGUGGAAGUGAUAGAAAAUCAUUUUAACAAACCUAUCACGGUGUCCAUCGAAUCCCACAGCGAAUAACACGAAUACGACGCGGCUUUGAAAGGGAUGACGAGGUUAGGAUACAGUCUAUAGGACGGUCUCGACGUCUGCCAAUUUCUUUUUUACCGUCGAUCAAGCCCGCGUGAAUGGCACACACAGCUCCAAAAUACUCGUGAAUACGUGUGCGUGAUAGCGCGCGACGAGGAAAGGAGGGAGUGCCACGACCGAAUCCACGGAACGCUUGCGAUUUAACUUCACCAGAGCGGAAGGAAGGGUACACCUUUCCGAUAUCACGUUCGCCAAGAUGGUGAGGCUACUGCUGUUGGUAGCCGGUCUUAUGGCGUCGACGUUCGCCUACAAUGGCGAACUGGUGGAGCAAGAAUGCCCCGUCGACUGCCACUGUCAUUACUUCCGCAUCAACUGGGUGACCGAUUGCUCCGAGAGCAAUCUGACGAACAUCCCCUACGACGAGCUCAGCCCCAAUGUCUACGUCCUCGAUAUGAAUGGUAACAACAUCGCGCAGGUCGGCCCGUUCCCGAAUGACAUCAAGAUCAGGCGUCUGCAGAUGGCGCACAAUCGGCUGACCGAGCUCAAGCGCGAGUCGUUCGCCGGAUUGGCGUACUUGCUCGAGGUGGACUUCUCGUGGAACGCGAUCACUCAUGUCGAUGCCGAAGCGUUCAGCGAUAGUCCAGGUCUCAUCACACUAGAGCUUCAGAACAACCCCCUGGACGAGGUGAAGGGUCCUCUUCUGAAUUGUCGGACUCUCCUGCACCUGGACCUGAACUCGUGCGGCAUACGCAGGUUGAACACGCGAUUCUUCCACAAUACAACCAACCUGAACAGGCUCGACCUGUCUCAUAACCCGCUGAGCAGGAUAGAGCCAGGCCCGUUCGACCAUCUCAUCAACUUAGAGUACCUCAAGUUGAAUUCCUGUAACUUAACUCACAUAUCGCCGGAAGCGUUCUCGAAUUUGGAGAAUCUUCGCGAGCUGGAGAUGGCGGACAACGACCUGCGCGCUCUGAGCUGGACCAACGUGCUGGCUCCUCUGAUCCGCCUGGAGCACCUGGACAUCCACAAGACGGGGAUCACCAAUCUACCGGGCGACGCUUUCGCGAGGAAUCUCUAUCUGCGACAGUUGAACCUCGCUUACAACGAGCUGUGGCACCUGGACGUAGGCAACACUCUCGGCCACAACCUGCACAGCCUGCAGUCGCUGGACCUCUCCAACUGCAACCUGCAGGACCGCCUGUCCGAAGAGGCCUUUAGAAACGCCAGCAAGCUGCGCGUGUUGAACCUGAGCGGCAACCCCAUGUUCGCGGCCGACCUGACCGCCGUUCUGCGGCAUUUGCCAAAGCUUCACAAGCUGUCCUUGAGCAACUGCAGCUUGCGGCGUCUGCCGAACGCUUUCGACGUGUUCGAGCACCUAGAGGAGCUCGACAUCUCGUACAACCCUCUCUCGGACGCGUUCGUCAGCCUCCUGAACCCCUUGGAGUCUCUGGAGUACCUAGACAUGUCCUACUGCAACCUCGGCUACGUCGGCAAUAACACCUUCGCCCACAUGACUUCACUCAAGAAGCUAGUCCUCUCCGGGAACAAGCUGCACACUCUGGAGGAGGCUCUGUUCGCUAACCUGACCCGCUUAGAGAGCCUCGAGCUGAACAACUGCGACCUCAAGACUCCCAUUGACCCGAAAGUCUUCGGAGACCGCGAGAAGACGGACAUAAUCGAGCUGAGGCUCAGCGGUAACCCUCUGGAGGUUCCCGAAGACGGCUCGUUGCUUCCCAGUCAGCUGUCCAAUCUCGAGAUCGUCGACCUCAGCAACUGCAACCUGGUGCACCUGAACCAGAACCUAUUCGCGGACACCAAGCACAUCACUCAGCUGAAUCUGUCCGGCAAUAACAUUUCUGGCCCAGAGAAUCUGGCUUGUUUGAAAGAGCUGCAUGGUCUGGAGCACCUGGACCUCAGCGAUAAUAAUCUCAGCAACGUCAGUCCGAAGCUGCUCAAGUGGAAUCCGCGCCUGCGGUCGGUGAACCUGCUGGGCAAUCCGUUCGUGUGCAACUGCUCGGUGGCGGAGAUGUGGGACUGGGCGGUGCAGGUCAAGAACGACCUCCACGUGCUGGUGGGCAGCCAGCCGGCCAGUUUCGAGACCGGCGCCGCGAAGCUCCGGAAGAGCCUGACCUGCACCUACGACGAGGAGACCUAUCGCAACUUCGUGGACCAGGCGAGCGGCGAUCAGCGCAGGCUCAGGAAGGGAGACCUGUCGCCGACCCGCACCUGGGCGAAAUACAUGCGCGAGUCGAGCUGCGGUCGCAGCUCAUGAUAUAAGAAGAAAUUUCAACAUCCCACUCCGUACACCACUCACGAGAAGCGAGGAGACAAGUCCGAGCUCUAACGUACCUGUGCGACGGAAACAAUGGCGACGUGCGCUCGCUACUAUUAUUCUUGUAUUUAUUAGCGAUAAGAACCCUCGGCACAGAACGUCCGAAGGACUUCUCUGUAAACUUUGUUAGCGUGACUGUAUAUUGCUAUAUUCUACGUAUCCGGACGCUCGAUUCACGCUAAGAAAGUUCGCACGGAAAUCGAUCGGACGCUUCCCACGAGGUGCAUACUAUACUUCCAGCCCCGUGCGACUUUAUUUUUGUAGACGUAAGGUUAAGGUGCAUCGGUAGUAGCCACGCAGACCAUGUCGGGAUGUUGAAAUACCUUUUGUAAGCUCGUCGAGGAACGAUUUGUAUGUAAUUUAAGGCGCGACGUCCUUGUGACGUUAGCAAUCUAUCUGUCGGUAGACAGAUCGACCAACGAACAAAUUUCAUGUUUCGUCGACGCGUCAUUAAUGGAGGAUGUUCGAAUUUCAUUUAUCGUGAGCUUUGAAGAGCUGAUGCUGUCACGAUCGGUUCGCGAGCUGAACGUGUUGCUAGUCGUAUGUGAAAAUACCUGACGAUGUCUCGCAUCUCGAGCGUUAACCCUUCGCGGACAAACGAUGUUAUUAGUCAAAGAGAUCAGAACGUAGUUUCCUUUUUCUGUUAAUUAAUUGAUUGAUUUUUCAUCUGUUGGGUUUCUUUUCGUCUGUCGACGUUGACUUUAUCGAACGUUCGUCGCCGAGGAAUACAGAUUUAAAGAAUGGAACGGAGGAACGUCAUUCGGAGGAUGGGUUCGAUGCAAACAUUAACGGCGAUUAAAUUUGUCACGCGAUCGUGCUCCCAUUGGUCCAUUUCACUUGGCAUGGUCCUUGAACUUUAAUUCGAGCGUACAAUAGCGCUGGAAACGGAGGCGCGAAAAUUGUAAUUGACGAUGAAAAGUGUGCAGCGAGGCUGCGAGGGUAAGAUGAAGUUUCGCCGGUGACGCCUCGCCGGCCGGAACUUCUCGCAUCCAUGGCGAAGCUGCGAAGUUCGCGGAAGUUGAAGCUUCGCUGUUCGGAACGCGAACGGUACGCCGACAGGCGCGGAGUCACUGACUUACGUAGGCACCGGCGUGAUUAACCCCUCGUUUUAUAUCGAAUUAAACUCGCGAUAAAGAACUCGAGUUGAAUUUAAACACAAAGGUCGAUCGUUUUUCUUUUUGUAGUUUAAACGUUAUUUUCUUGACACUUAUGGAAUAUGUACCUUUUAUUCCUUUUUUUGUUUCGAAUAGUUUAUUGGAUUAAUUUAUUUAAAGGAAAUUACAAUUUACACGAUACGCGCAAUUGGCGAUUUAUUUGUAUGACACCAUGUAUACGUGCGUCGCGCGAAGCUGCGAGUGUCAUCAGGUGUAUCGUGAAUUUUAAAAGCUCGAGUGCUCGCCUGAGACCAAGGUUUAACUUCAAUGUUAGUCUAGUUCGUUUAAUAUCGAUUCGAUCGAUUUGUAUGGUAACCGAAUGCCUAACACGUCUUUGGAGUCAAUUAAAGCAUCGCAAAUGUUAAUCAAACCUAUAAUUAUCGUUUACUCGUUAUCCUUUAUUACGUAAUUUAUCAAGUCCUAUCGUUCUAAUGUAUUCACGUUAUUCCAUUGGCUAUCGCUGUAUCGUGGCGGAAGUUUUGUUUCUAGAAUUCCCUGCGAAACCAGAGACAGUUGAAAACUAACGAAAACAAUGUUGAUUCGUUGAACGAUAUCCUACAUCUUUUUCAUAGAAGCUUUCGAGACUUUCAUCACAGUAUAUUAUUCUUUUCCAAUUACCAAGAUGCGCCAAGAAACGCCUUCUUCUCUUCGAUAGCUUAAUUAUAUUUCGAAAGCCGGUCCCCAAUUAACCAGUGCGUGUUCGCCGACGUCGCCCGUACAGGAAAUACAGCUAAGGUAUUCGCGAAGUGCCUGAAUCGUCUGUCAAUCCCGCAAAUAGCACCGCGGUCGAUCGACUGCGGCGACGAUGCAUUUAUAGAACAUAUCGAAACAAUCGUACGGAAACAAUUAAGCAAUCGAAUUCGGCGAAGUCUUUUAUUCCGAAGAGCUUCCGGGAAAGCAUAGAACUCACGUUCGCUUCUGAUCUCGUAUUUACAGAAAGAUCAGCCUCGUGAGCACGAUUCUGUUUCUAAAUCCGUCUGACGGUGGGAAAAUCGAACGACGAGCAGAGAUUUCAGCUGUCCAAGGUCGUCGUUCCCAUUAUGAGAGUUAUUGAACGCGAUCCUCCAUGUCUACCGUAUAACAGAAUUUUUCGUUACGAUCGUCGAAUUGUGCCAUAAUCGAUACUCGCAUCGUUCUCAAUGAAUUUCUGCGCGAACCAACGUACGACCUUGAAUAUUCGAAAUCUGUCGCGAUUGAUGGUCGUUCGUGAUUCGACGGUUUUCUACCGAGAUCGACGCGAGUAAAAUCAGCCAUACAAUACAAUGUCGCUAUGUUCAUGAAAUGUACAAGA